GAUAGUGCUCCCCUUCCCCCUUCCCACUAUCUCCGCCCGCCAUGAAGUACAAUCCUAGGGUUUCCAGUUCCCGCCGCAAGAGCCGUAAGGCUCAUUUUUCGGCGCCGUCGAGCGUUCGUCGGGUUAUUAUGAGUGCUCCUCUCUCGACUGACCUCCGGUCAAAGUACAACGUCCGAUCCAUGCCGAUUCGGAAGGAUGAUGAGGUCCAAGUUGUCCGUGGAACUUACAAGGGUCGGGAGGGCAAGGUAGUGCAGGUGUAUCGUAAAAAGUGGGUUAUCCACAUCGAGCGCAUCACUCGCGAAAAGGUUAACGGUUCCACUGUCAAUGUUGGCAUCAACCCCUCGAAGGUCGUGAUUACGAAGCUCAGGCUGGACAAGGACCGAAAGUCACUUCUGGAUCGUAAAGGCAAGGGCCGCGCCGCCUCUGAUAAGGACAAGGGUACCAAGUUCACCGCCGAGGAUAUCAUGCAGAGCGUCGACUAAUUUUGGAAAUGGUGAUGUUUAAUUUGAUAGAACUGUUGUUCUCUUUCAUAGUUACCUAGCUUGUUUUGUGUUCUUAAGAUACUAAAAAAAUUUCAUCGGACAUGUGGCUAUAAUUGUCGACUUUGGAGGCCUUAAUUUAUGGUAUUUUUAAAUCAAUCACAUUUUGUUAUUCCAAUGAUCUACUCCUCCUGUUCGAUUCAUACCGUUGUUACCUCUCGUUACAUUUGCUUGUUUGAUGGAACUGCAGUUACUUAUUUGUAGUAGAUGAUGAUUUAUCUAUGUGGACAGUGGCCUUUUACCGCU